CCUCCUCCCUGUGUGAGCUCGGAGCUCCUCAUUCUCCUCGCCGGCUCCCGCCACCGCGUCCAGCUGUGGCCCUCACAGGGCGCGCUCGCUGGCGCUCACCUGACAGGUCCCGGUCCCCUGACAGGUCCCCUGACAGGUCCCGGUCCCCUGACAGGUCCUCAGGACGACAGCCAGCACACACUCGACACACUCGGAGCCUACAUGAGGGACAAGGCCACGCAGACCCCCAGGGCCUGGGCAGAUGAGAGGAGGAGGGGCUCUCACAAACGCUCGGCCUCCUGCGGGAGCACCGACCAGCUCAAGGAGAUCGCUAAGCUGCGUCAGCAGCUGCAGCGCUCCAAACGCAGCAGCCGCCACCGCAGAGACAAAGACCGCAAGAGUCCGUUCAACGGCAGCCACACCAUCAUCCAGUCUCAGUCGCCGAUGCCUAAAACCAUCCUGAUCCCGAUCCCGAUCUCCAAGUCUUCGGCGCCGCGGUUCCGUAACAGCGUGGAGGGUUUGAACCAGGAGAUCGAGAGGAUCAUCAUCAGAGACACGCCUGAGAAGGACGAGACCAUCGUGCCUCAGGACGUGCCCGACGGGCACCGCGCCCCCCCUCCCGUGCCGCCGCAGCGCAGCAGCAGCACCCGCAGCAUCGACACGCAGACGCCGUCCGGCGGCGGCCUCAGCGGUAACCAUAGCAACUGCAGCAGCCGGCCCGACUCCAUCUCGCCGUCCUACCUCACCGUGCUGAACGACACGGGGGGAGGAGGCAGCCCCUACGAGGACAAAGAGCUGGGCCCCUGCUCGCCGCUGCCCAAGUACGCCGCCUCGCCGCGACCCAACAACAGCUACAUGUUCAAGAGGGAACCGCCGGAGGGCUGCGAGAAGGUCAAGGUGUCCGAGGAGACGCUGCCGAAGCCCCUGCAGGAGAUCCCUCCCUUCCUGUGUCCCGACAGGAACAAGGUGAACUUCAUCCCUAACAGCGGCUCUGCCUUCUGCCUGGUCAGCAUCCUGAAGCCCCUGCUGCCGGCCCCCGAGCUCGGCUACCGCUCCUCGGGGCUCCGCAGCCACUCCCCGUCCCUGGUGCCUCUGUCCACCCAGCCCUGCCUGCUGGAGGAGCCCGAGAGCUUCUGAGGAGCUUCUGAGGAGCUUUGAGGAGCUUUGAGGAGCUUUGAGGAGCUCUGAGGAGCUUUGAGGAGCUUUGAGGAGCUCUGAGGAGCUUUGAGGAGCUUUGAGGAGCUCUGAGGAGCUCUGAGGAGCUCUGAGGAGCUUUGAGGAGCUCUGAGGAGCUUUGAGGAGCUUUGAGGAGCUCCUGAGGAGCUUUGAGGAGCUCUGAGGAGCUUUGAGGAGCCUCCCUCCGCCCUGCUCCCCACCCCCCGAUCACAAACAUGACUAGGAAAAACAAGCGUCUGCUCCAGAAUAAUGCCUUCAGCAUGCCAGCUCAGCUCUCUGAUGUCCUUCUCUUGUUGAAACAGCGCUUCCCACUGCCUCUCCUCCUCCUCCUCCUGCUCCUCCUCGACCUCCUCCUCCUCGACCUCCUGCAGCCCGACGGCGUCUGCAGCAACAUCUCAUGCUUUCUUCUACCUUUAGUGCUGGUUAUGUUCCUGUUUUCUGGGAGGAAAAAGGGCGAAACUGGGACAGACUCAUCGUAUUAUACCAUGGCGCCUUUCCACGGACAUAUCUCUCUUUUCUAUCUCUAGUUAUUUCUCUUGAUAUAUAAAAUAUAAUGCCUUCCAUUGUUAUUAAGAAAAAAAAAAAAGUUUGACCACGGAGGCUCAUUUUGGUGCUGCCAGAUUUAUCGUAGCAAAA